AUGGACGAAACCAUCCAGCAACUCAACCGGCGACUCGACGCACUCAGCCACGUCGAAGAACCACUCGGCCAGGACAUCCAACGACUGCUGACCAGCGUACUGAGACGGAAAACUCACGCCGACGCACUCAGAAACAGCCUGCUCAGACUGGCCGAGAACCUCAAUAGACUACAACAAAAGCUCACACCCCAGCUGAUAGUCCAGCUGAUCAGCAGCUAUGCCGAAAAAAAUCAAUCAGUCAUACAGAAAAUCAUCGCCGACAACCUAAACAGAAACCAGCAACUCCAACAGCAACUCAGCAUACACAUCCAACUACUCGCCCAGAGACUGUGUGCAGCCAACCCACCAGAACUACUGCAAGCAACCCAGCUACGACUCAUCGCACUCUCCCAUCCCAGCCUAAUCAAAGAAUACUACACAUCAAGCCAUCAGGAAGACAUCAACCCAUUCAAUGAACUCACCAGACUGAUCACCCAACAGGAGCAAGAGGAACAACGCCAACAGCACAACGCACAUGAUAUCAGAAGAGAGCUACUCUUCAUCAUCAUCCACGUCCUCAAGCACGGUAUCAUCCCCAGGCUCAGAUCGGCCACCGUCGCAUUCGACUCAAGCCCACUCAAACAGCAACUCUUCAGCCUACUCAGCUCCAAGUCAACCAGACUGCUCACCGAGCUCUAUCUCAACUAUCCCAGCCUAAUCCGCGAUCUCGAAGAACUGACCGGCACAAACAACUCCAAGGCCAAGCAGGACCCUCUCGCAGCCUUCUUCUCAGCAGCGGAGGACCAUCCGAUAUUCAAGAUCUACAAUGGCCACCAACCCACCAAAAACAACGACCGUCCUGAACUCACAUCGAUCGUCAAUGAGGUCUUGUCCGUCCUCCCCGAUCUGGCCAGUCCACAGACACUCCGAUCGAUCAUCGAGAAACAUGCUGAGUUCCAGGACGCUCAGCAAGGCGCACAACGCCUGAUCGAGCGAAGCUUCAGUGACCCCCAAUUCAUCCCCUCUCACUCUCCCCUAGUCAACCCUUCACUCCCUGAUGAUCCGACCGCAAACAGGCGAAAUAUCUUCGAUGAGCAGCGAAUGGAUCCUAAUCUACUCAGGAUAGGAAAAAUCAAGUUAGAUGAAAACGAGAUUAUGAAUGACAAGAGCCAUUUGACGAAGGAGAUGAAGAAUCAAAUCAAGGCGCGACUAGAGCGGAUAGAGGACGAAGAAAGGGCGGCGGAAGCGGAGCGGAGCGAGCUAGUCAUAUACUCGGAUGAUGAAGAAGACGCGCAAGAUGAGAAGACAAAGCGCGUUUUAGAACAAGUCGUGGAUAUUUUCUCAGAUGAUGAUCAUCGCUUCAAGGUCGGACACGAAGACGGCGACGACCUCUCCGACCCCGAAGAGCCGUCGCGUCCGUCGUCCCCUCUCCCGGCCGCCGCACGCUCACAAGCGCGGGGAAAAGCUGCUGCUCCGGAGCAGCAGAGCAGCGGACUGGACGCGCGAAGCCUCGACGAGGCCGUGCUCUGCGCCGUCUACCUCGACGACCCCGCCGUCUUCUUGCCCAGCGCCCGGGGCUCCAAGCGCAGACUCGCGCUCAAAGACCGGCUCUUGUCUACGAAACAGGACGACCUGAUCGAGGCCUGGAAGACCAUGUUCGAACGUAACCCUCAGAAGGAUGAGAUCUUGGAGAAGUAUCGGCUCCAGACGGCCCUUCAGGCUCCGAAUAACCGCGGAACGGCGAUGGCAGAUCCAGACGCGGCCGGGGAGGACGUCCCGGGCCAUCCGCCCCGACCGACCCCACCGGCUCUGCCUCCUCGUCCGGCCAUCCAAGAUCUUCCGGAACAGACGCCCCGAGAGGAGGACCCUCGUCUGGUCGCGCUCGGACUCACCACUCUAAGUCACUCACACACCGCAAGGGAGCAUGUCCAUUCCGUUGGACUGGUUGUUGUGAUGAACAUAGAGGAUGAGGUGUGA